AUGAGAACAUUGUUUCAAAGCCGCCCCCGCCUACCGAAACCGAAACAACCCAGUCUACACUCCUCAAUCGACCAAGUCCUGACACCGUCCUUUCACACUUCUACCCAAUCUCAAUCACCCUCAUCUGAAAUGGACGCUUUCAACACCAUCGCUACUUUCUUCACUACCUCCGCCGCUGUCGAGGAUGUCGUUGUCGAAAUUCCCCGUGACGAGGAAGACUCUGGCUCCGGUGCCAAUUCCUCCUGUGUCGUCGCUUAA